UCCCCGCCGGCCCCGGGGCCGGGCCUGGCUGGGCGGCCGCCAUCGCCGGGCGGGCCGCCAUGGGGCUGGGGGGCUGGUGGCGGGCGGCGCGGGUCCUGCGGGCGGCGGGCGGCGGCUGGAGCCGGACGGCAGCGCCCGGCCCCACCUGCCGCAGCCUCUGCGCCGCCGCGGAGCAGAACCUCUCCUACCAGGAGCUCAAAGACCUGAAGAAGGCCAACGUCCUUCACAUUGACGUGCGGGAGAGGUGGGAGAUCGACAGGUUUGGAAAAAUCCCGGAGUCCAUCAACAUACCGCUGGGUGAAUUAAUGGAAGCUCUACAAAUGGACCCAACGGAGUUCAAGGAGCAGUAUAAUCAAAAAAUGCCAUCCAAGUCAGACCCUGUGGUUUUCUCCUGUUUGGCAGGAACAAGAAGUAAACAAGCACUUGGUUUUGCCAUGUCCUUGGGUUUCAGCAGGUGACACAAGCUGCUGCAUGACCAUGCUGCCACUGAAGGGUCCUCUGCCUCUUAGGGUGUGCCCUUGCUGAGAUUCUCCUUCCUUAUACAGCUUUGUAAGUACUAGUCUUGAGUUGCAGGAAGAUUGGAAAGGUGGAGAACUGCUUGCUUUGGUAGUAGUACAAUCUUAAAUAGUUUAAUAAGCCACACCCUUUGUUGAAUUGCAGUUCUCCCCACAGAGUUCACUGUUGACAAAGGAUGCCUUCACUUCCUGUAAAGCUUUGGAUUAUUUGCCAGGAGUAAAGCAGUGAAGGCAAUAGCUAACAAAACAGUGAGAUGAUGAUACAGUGAAAUGCAGCAUUUGGUUUGCAGAAUUGUUAAACCUAUCUUGGGAAGGUACCUCGCUGUCUUGAAGACUGCAGAUAAAAUUUAAGACACUGGUUACUUGCUCGUGUUUUCACUGAACUGCAAUUCAGGAAAUGGAACAUUCAUAAUAAUUGUAAUCAAAAGUAUGGAAGUAUGUUCUUGUUUUAAAGUGAAGAAUUUCCUCCAUUACCUGUUUUUCAUGCUGCCUAACUGAAGGAGUCAAUAUUAGUUUUCACAGUGGAUUUUUGUUUUACAUAGUUUAGUUUUGCUCAGGGUGAUUUCAGACCUAUAGAGCAUGUAGGUUUGCAAGGAAGUAAAGAUCAGUGUGCUGGGUUUAUUUGGUGACAACUGAAGUAUUAGACAUAAUAAACAGCCUGUAAAUCUCUCACUUCUGAGAAUCUGUUCUCACGUUCUUUUAAAAAAGAACUGGCAACUGUUUAAUUGAUCCAGCUGCUAUUUCUUGCUUGAUGUUUGAACUCCAGCAUUGUCAUUUGGAAGAAAAGAGUUAACAGAACUCACUCCAUGGAAGCAGAUAGUAUUAAAGGAAUGUCUGUCUGGCUCAUUGAAGCUAGAUACAAGUGUAUAUGGUUGCAGAGAAUUUCUCUGUUUGUUUGGGUUUUUUUUAAUCUGUUUUUUGUAGGGCUUUUUGUUUGUGGGGUUUUGGGUAUCUAUUUUUUACUUUUGAU